UUUUCUUUUUCUUUCUCCUUUCUUUCUUUUUAAAAAAAAAAAAACUUAUCAUCUUUCACCAUCAUGCCUUCUGCUGAAUUCGAAACUGCUGCCGAAGAAGUCAAAAAACUCGCCACGACUCCAUCCAACGAUGUUCUUUUGAAACUUUAUGCUUUGUACAAGCAAGCUACUGUUGGAGAUAACAACACUGCACGCCCUGGUGUGUUUGAUAUGAAGGGUAAAGCCAAGUGGGAUGCCUGGGACAAAAUUAAGGGUACUAGCCAAGAAGAAGCUGAAAAGCAAUACAUCGUUCUCGUUGAAAAACUCAAGGCUUCUCAAUAGACUAGUUUAAUAUUUCUUUUUUUUUAUUAUUAUUGUGUAUAUGUGUAUGUUGCUGUGUUGAUAAUAAAGAAAUCUUCCUUUUUGAUUUAUUACUGAAAUGAAAA